CCCGCGCCCCGCCCGGGCCCCGCCGCGCGCCCCCCGGCCCGGCCGCCCGCCCGGCCCGCGGAACCAGCCCUGAGCGCCUGCCGCCGCCGCAAAGUUUCCCGAGGAGACCCGCCUCCGGGCGCAGGUGAGGCCGCAGGAGGCAGCGAGAAGCGGAUUCCUUUCUGGACGGCUAAGGUCAGGGGGUGAAGCAGGACUGGUCCAUGCGCCCCCCGCCGCUCCCCGGCCAGGAAGCCCCCGUGAGCAGGAGCAGAGCAGCCAGGCAGGAGCCCCCCCCACCCCCCGCCCUCAACCCCACACCCGCACCCCGGCAGCUUGCAGAAGGGGGGCUGCGGGGCCUGACAGCUCAGCAGCGCAUGGCGACGGCCCCGGCCCCGCAGUGAACAUCUGAACCCCUCCGCGGGGUGAUGGAGCCCCCCCGGCCCCCCGCAGACUCAGCCUGAGUGGCAGGAAGCCCGCAUCCGGCCCCGGCUCCCCUCCCGGGCGUCACGCAACGCUGCCCACUGCCCGCCCGCCCCCGCCGAGCGACACGAGGACUCACGCCACAGACUUGGUCCAGAAAGGGGGUGAAGGCCCCCAGGAAGCCUUGCAGGGCGGGGCCGCCUGGGGGCAGGGGGCGUCCUCAGCAGUGACCCCGGCCGCAUCGGAGCCCGCAGGGCCAAGCACCCAGGGCGGCCCCCGCGGCCCCCACCUGCCCCGUCUGUGGCCCCGGCCCAGUGCCAGGCCCAGCAUGUGAGCUGACCGGGCUCUGGUCCUGAGACACAGCACCCCGGGGAGACCCCAGCCGCCUCAGCCAGCUCCAGGGCUGCAGCGAAGAAGGUGUCGCAGCUCCGAGGCCGGCGGGCCACCAUGGUCGCAGCACAGCCCUCCCUGCCCGCCGCCCACGCCGCCGCCACCCACGCCGCCACCCUCACGGCCACCGUGGUGAUGACCACGGCCAGCAUGGACCUGCGGGACUGGCUGUUCCUGUGCUACGGGCUCAUCGCCUUCCUGACGGAGGCCAUCGACAGCACCACCUGCCCGUCCGUGUGCCGCUGCGACAACGGCUUCAUCUACUGCAACGACCGGGGGCUCACGGCCGUGCCCCCCGACAUCCCCGACGACGCCACCACGCUCUACCUGCAGAACAACCGCAUCGGCAAUGCGGGCAUCCCGCAGGCGCUGCGCACCAAGGUGCACGUGCGUGUCAUCUACCUGUACGCCAACGCGCUGGACGAGCUGCCCGCCAACCUGCCGCGCUCGCUGCGGGAGCUGCACCUGCAGGACAACAACGUGCGCGCCAUCGCCCGCGCCUCGCUCGCCCGCCUCCCGCUGCUGGAGAAGCUGCACCUGGACGACAACUCCGUGUCCACCGUGAGCAUCGAGGAGGACGCCUUCGCCGACAGCCGCCAGCUGCGGCUGCUCUUCCUGAGCCGCAACCACCUGAGCAGCAUCCCGCCGGGGCUGCCCCGCACACUCGAGGAGCUGCGGCUGGACGACAACCGCAUCUCCACCAUCCCGCUGCGCGCCUUCCAGGGCCUCGGCGGCCUGCGGCGCCUCGUGCUGGACGGCAACCUGCUGGCCAACCAGCGCAUCGCCGACGACACCUUCAGCCGCCUGCAGAACCUCACCGAGCUCUCGCUGGUGCGCAACUCGCUGGCCGCGCCGCCCCUCAACCUGCCCAGCGCCCGCCUGCAGCGCCUCUACCUGCAGGACAACGCCAUCAGCCACAUCCCCGCCAACACCCUGGCCAGGAUGCGGGCCCUGGAGCGCCUGGACCUGUCCAACAACAACCUCACCACGCUGCCCCGCGGCCUCUUCGACGACCUCGACAGCCUGGCCCAGCUCCUGCUCCGCAACAACCCCUGGUUCUGCGGCUGCAGCCUCCUGUGGCUGCGGGACUGGGUGAAGGCGCGGGCGGCCUUGGUCAACGUGCGGGGCCUCAUGUGCCAGGGCCCCGAGCGGGUGCGGGGCAUGGCCAUCAAGGACAUCACCAGCGAGCUGGACGAGUGCUUCGAACCCGGGGCACCGCCGGCCGCCGCCGCGCCCGCCCCCAAGACCACGGCCGCCAACCGCGCAGCGGCCACCACGCCCCAGGGCUCGCUCUUCACCCUCAAGGCCAAGCGGCCGGGGCUGCGCCUCCCCGACUCCAGCCUGGACUACCCGAUGGCCACGGGGGACAGCGCCAAGACGCUGGUCAUCCACGUGAAGCCCCUGACGGCCGACUCCAUCCGCAUCACCUGGAAGACCACGCUCCCCGCCUCCUCCUUCCGGCUCAGCUGGCUCCGCCUGGGCCACAGCCCGGCCGUGGGCUCCAUCACGGAGACGCUGGUGCAGGGGGACAAGACGGAGUACCUGCUGACGGCGCUGGAGCCCAAGUCCACCUACAUGAUCUGCCUGGUCACCAUGGAGACCGGCAGCACCUACGUGGCCGAUGAGACGCCCGUGUGCGCCAAGGCCGAGACAGCCGACAGCUACGGCCCUGCCACCACGCUCAACCAAGAGCAGAACGCCGACCCCCUGGCCGGCCUGCCCCUGGCGGGCAUCAUUGGAGGGGCCGUGGCCCUCGUCUUCCUCCUCCUGGUCCUGGGGGCCAUCUGCUGGUACGUGCACCGGGCCAGCGAGCUCCUGUCCCGGGAGCGGGCCUACAACCGGGGCAGCCGGAAGAAGGACGACUACAUGGAGUCGGGCACCAAGAAGGACAACUCCAUCCUGGAGAUGCGCGGCCCCGGGCUGCAGAUGCUGCCCAUCAACCCGUACCACGCCAAAGAGGAGUACGUGGUGCACACCAUCUUCCCCUCCAACGGCAGCGGGCUCUGCAAAGGCACGCACACCAUCGGCUACGGCACCACGCGGGGCUACCGGGACGGUGGCAUCCCCGACAUCGACUUCUCUUACACCUGACGCCCCACACAGGCUGCCGCCUCCCCACAUGGGAGACCCCCCCACGGCUCGGCCCUGCCCUGCCCUGCCCUGCCCGGGGCCCUCCCCACUGAGCCCGCGUGCGUGCCUGCGGGUGCGCCAGGAAACGGGAGGUCGCGCUGACUUCCCCACGGAGAGCCACGCUUGGGGAGGGCAGAUGAUUCUGUAGAACGUGACAGUGGAGAAGAAAAAAAAAAACCAUCCAAGUUUGUGGGUUUUUUUUUUUCAAAGACCAGAAAGGCAGGAAAGGGGAGGUGGGUGCGGAGGGGGUGGGGUGGGGAUGGGGGCUGUUGGCGUCGCUGAAGACAUAAGUUAUACUGAGUUAUGCCAGUUGGGGAGGGAAGGACUAAAAAUAAGGUUGCAGUGAAAGCUGGGCUGGUGGCUUCGUUUUCUCCAGAUCCGGAAAGCGACCACCUGUACCUGGGGCCGCGCCACAAAAGAGCCACGAAGCCCCCGAGUGGCUCCUGCCGGCGCUGGCCGUGCGAGGCGAGCCGAUGUCUGGUGCCUGACAGAGGGAAGCAGGCAGGAAGGCUCGGGAGCUAUUGUCCUGACGCCUCGCGAGCGGCUCCCGCCACAGCCCUGCCUAGGGCCUCUGGCCGCGUUCAUCAAACGGUAGAUUUUUAAAAAAAAGCCUCUUUUUCUCUCCUGCCCCUCUCUCGGGCUCCUGCGCCCUCCUAACGGUGGCGAUGUUUCUGUCUGCCUGUCUCCUGGCCUUGGCUGUUGUGCCUCCGAGCACAGAUGGGCAGACAGAAGGGCGGGUGGACCCUUCUGGGAUGGGGCGUACAAUUUCCAGGGACAAUAGAGGCUGGAAAGCGCGGAGGGCGUGGGUGGGCGUGGUCUGGGUUGCCCCGCCCUGGAGGGGCGUGUCUCUCGGGGGCGUGUCUCCCGGGUGUCUUUCGUGGGGGCGUGUCCCUCAGGGGGCGUGCCUUCGCUGGGCGUGGCCCGAGCAGCGGAGCUUCCCUGAGGAGAGGAGCUGUGGGAGCUUUGGGGGCUUGUGGGGUCUCGCCUCCUCGGCAGGGGCCCCCUUCCCUACAACAGAGCUAAGCCAGCCGUGCUCCUCGCCCCCGCCCCUCGCCCUCCACUCUGAGCGCUUCCCCGCUCCGUGCGCCCUCCUGGGACGGGUAAUUGGCACAGGGACCGCUGGGCGUUUUUUUUAUAUCAGCUGAUGAGACCUAAUGGUUUCCAUGGCUGCUCAAGGCAAGGGGGAAAAAAAAAUUCUCAGAAAAAGCCCUGGGAGGUGGCAACCCCCUUCCCAGGCCUGCUCGGGAGAAAGGAAAGGAGCUUGUUAAAAAAAAAACAAAAAACACGCCAGCCUGCAGGGCCCGCCUUGACUUCCUGCCCCCUCUCCCUCUCCCCCCACCCCCAGGCCAGCUCGACCCAGCAACCCCAAACAGAAAACAUACAGUAAUAAUGAUAAUCCCUCUGGGGAGAAGAGAGCGAGGGGCCUGGGGUCUGGUACCCCGCACUCAGAACCUCGGCCACAAAUGCUCAACGGGGCCUUUCCUGGGGGCCCCAGGGAGGAGUGGGGUCAAAGAAGGGGCGCUGGGAUGGGGGCAGGGGACAGGCCUGGCUGGCGGCUCCUCCAGGGCCCCGCAUGCCUGAAAGAGGGGACCGACCAGCAGAGCGC